CCCCUCCCUGCUGUCAGAGGCGCUGAUGGACAGGUUGCCUCUCAGCCUCUGCAAAGUAUAAGGAGCUAACAAUGGCUGCCAGGGGAGGGGGCCUGAGGAGAGCCAGGCAUGAGAGGGCUUUAGACUCACUCCUCACUCAGGAACCGUUCGAGGAAAGCCAUGGCUGAAGGCCUUCAGGUCACAGUGCCCGACAAGAAGAAGGUGGCCAUGCUCUUCCAGCCCACUGUGCUUCGCUGCCACUUCUCCACGUCCUCCCAUCAGCCUGCAGUGGUGCAGUGGAAGUUCAAAUCCUACUGCCAGGAUCGCAUGGGAGAAUCUCUGGGCAUGGCUUCUCCCAGGGCCCAAGCGCUCAGCAAGAGGAACCUGGAAUGGGACCCCUACCUGGACUGCUUAGACAGCAGAAGGACCGUCAGGGUGGUAGCUUCGAAACAGGGCUCGACCGUGACCCUGGGAGAUUUCUACAGGGGCAGAGAGAUCACCAUAGUUCAUGAUGCAGAUCUUCAGAUUGGAAAGCUCAUGUGGGGAGACAGCGGACUCUAUUACUGCAUCAUCACCACUCCAGAUGACCUGGAAGGCAAAAAUGAGGACUCCGUGGAACUGCUGGUGUUGGGCAGGACAGGGCUGCUUGCUGACCUCUUGCCCAGCUUCGCUGUGGAGAUUAUGCCAGAGUGGGUGUUCGUCGGCCUGGUGAUCCUGGGGAUCCUCCUCUUCUUCGUGCUGGUGGGGAUCUGCUGGUGCCAAUGCUGCCCCCACAGUUGCUGCUGCUAUGUCCGCUGCCCGUGCUGCCCAGAGACCUGCUGCUGCCCUCAGGCCUUGUAUGAAGCAGGGAAAGCAGCCAAGGCCGGGUACCCUCCCUCUGUCUCCGGUGUCCCUGGCCCCUACUCCAUCCCCUCUGUCCCUUUGGGAGGAGCCCCCUCUUCUGGCAUGCUGAUGGACAAGCCGCAUCCGCCUCCCUUGGCACCAAGUGACUCCACGGGAGGAAAUCACAGUGUUCGCAAAGGUUACCGGAUCCAAGCUGACAAGGAGAGAGACUCCAUGAAGGUCCUGUACUACGUGGAGAAGGAGCUGGCUCAGUUCGAUCCAGCCAGAAGGAUGAGGGGCAGAUAUAACAACGCCAUCUCGGAACUCAGCUCCCUGCACGAGGACGACAGCAAUUUCCGCCAGUCCUACCACCAGAUGCGGAACAAGCAGUUCCCUAUGUCUGGGGACUUGGAGAGCAAUCCUGACUACUGGCCGGGUGUCGUGGGAGGCAACAGCGGGACCAGCCGGGGGCCGGCCCUGGAGUAUAACAAAGAGGACCGUGAGAGCUUCAGGCUCAGCCAGCCGCGCUCCAAAUCCGAGAUGCUGUCGCGGAAGAACUUCGCCACGGGCGUGCCGGCCGUGUCGAUGGACGAGCUGGCGGCCUUCGCAGACUCCUACGGCCAGCGGUCGCGGCGAGCCAAUGGCAACAGCCACGAGGCGCGGGCCGGGAGCCGCUUCGAGCGCUCGGAGGCGCGGGCCCACGGGGCCUUCUACCAGGACGGCUCGCUGGACGAGUACUACGGGCGCAGCCGCGGCCGCGAGCCCCCGGGGGACGGCGAGCGCGGCUGGACCUACAGCCCGGCUCGCCGCCGGCCGCCCGAGGAGGCGCCCCUGCCGCGCCUGGUGAGCCGGACGCCGGGCACCGCGCCCAAGUACGACCACUCGUACCUGAGCAGCGUGCUGGAGCGCCAGGCGCGGCCCGACAGCACCAGCCGCGGGGGCGGCGGCAGCCUGGAGACGCCGUCCAAGCUGGGCGCGCAGCUCGGCCCCCGCAGCGCCUCCUACUACGCCUGGUCCCCGCCUGCCACCUACAAGGCCGGGGCCAGCGAGGGCGAGGAGGAGGAGGAGGACGACGAUGCGGCCGACGAAGACGCGCUGCCUCCCUACAGCGAGCUGGAGCUGAACCGGGGCGAGCUGAGCCGGGGCCCGUCCUACCGCGGCCGCGAGCUGCCCUUCCACAGCAACUCAGAGAAGAGGAGGAAAAAGGACCCCGCCAAGAAAACCAGUGACUUUCCAACCAGGAUGUCCCUUGUGGUCUGACACUUUCAAGACACCUCUCUGGAUUACUAGAAAUCAGAUGCAGACUGCGGGACAAGACACAAAUCGGAGAGCCAGCGAGCCCGGGACCUUCUCCUGCCAGCAACCACCUUGGAAGACCUGCCGAUCUCCACCUUGGCAAGGGGUGGGAGGCGUCCUGUGAGGAGGCCGAUUUCAAACCUUCAUGCCCAUCUCUCUUGGGAAAACAAUGUUGUGUGAGAGCAAACCACAUGAUAAUAUGCCGUGGAGUUUACCCUGCCCCACCCCCACUUCCUUAGCAGAAUCAAGACUCUGUGUCCAGUUUGGAAACAGGUAGCUGAAACAGGUAGUUGGACCCCCGAUCUCUAGAACUCACCUAUGCCUGCAGUAUGUUUUUCUACGAGUGCUGUUUUGUGCUUAGAGACAGAAGAAUUUGUUACUCCUGUCAGGAGACCUUCUGCUCACAAGAGAGCUAACUUCAAGGUAAAACGUACCUUUUAUCCCCAUCAUUUCCAGUCACUGGUCAAUGAGUCUUGUUAUGCUAAAAAUCAGAAGGCCUUUAGUGAGCUUAGUGGCAGUGACCUCCUUGGCAAUCACAGAAAUGACUUCAAUUUGCUGCUCUGACUCACAGUUCUAAGUGGCUGGGACAAACAGAGGAUAGCAUUUUGAAAACCUGUCUAAGUGGUCUUUCUUUUUCCAUUCAGAGAACGUAAACUGCUUUCUAUCUUUCUGUUGCAAACAGUGACAUCCAAGCCUUGAACCCCUAAGGCCUGCCUCCCUCCCUCUCCUCUCUCUCCCUCCCCCUCUUCUCCUCCUCCUCCCCUCCCUCUCCCUUUUCUUCUUCCUCUCCCUUUCCCUCUCUCUCCCCCUCUCCUGAUCUUUUCAGGGCUGGUGGCUCUGAGGGUGUUCCACUCUACUCUCUUGUCAUCAGGUGCCUUUGACAGCUGCUUAAAACACACACGUAAAAGAGGAGAAAAGGAGAUAGCAGUGAUGCAAGAUGAAGAGUCUAGGAGGGAAACAAUAUACAGUCUGAUUAUAUUUCCAAUGUGGACUGUUUUCCCCACAAACACACUCAGAUACGGGGGUGGGAGGAGUUCAUUUAAAGAUCAUUUCUGCCAUCCUGAUUGUGCCAGUGCAGGGUCCCAAGGAUGUGGUAUCUUCAUCUCUUGGCCUCACUGGCCUGCCACUAUGGGGAGAAGAAAGAUACUACAUUCUCAGCAAGAAGCUCUUCCUCUUUCUACCCUUGCAAAAAUAAAAAAUAAAAAGAAAGAAAGAAAGAAAGAAAGAAAGAAAGAAAGAAAGAAAGAAAGAGAAAAGAAAUGGUAUUGCCUAAAUCCAAAUUGAGAAUGGUCAGGACUUUGUAAUGCAUGUCAACUGCCAAACUGGCCACAAACUCUGCCCCCCUCAGAUCCCUGUUUGUGGAGUUUGUCCUCUUGCUGCUCAUGGACCCUGUCAAAUGCACCUGGACUAUCCUACAUGAUUAGAGAAGAGCCUGGUCACUGCUGUCAUCGUGUGCGACCAUUUUUUAUCAACUCUGAGCAGACACGGAAGAGCAUCUAGCCAUGACCAAUAAAAGGACUGCCUAGCUGAGCGGAGCCCAGACUGGGAAUUCCCACUUGAGAGAAGUUUGGUAUUCCUACAUGUCCGUUCAUCACAAAGGAUAAAAGCUCUCUCUCAUCAGACUGUUUGGCUCUGGAUCGGUGGCUCACCCAACCUUAGGUGUUACACAACAUUCACUUUCUUUGGUAGACUUUCAGUCUGCAUUAUUGUGCUAAGACACAUGCUUGGGUAAUCCUGUGGUGACCUCUUCUCUACUUACUCAUCUGUGUAUAGCCUCUGAAGAAGGUUGGCCAGCAUCUCCUCAGACUCUUCCAGGACCACCUGACUAGAAUUCCAGAGUCCAUUCUGCUAGCAUCCAUUGUACUUCAUGACAUUUAAAGAAAAAAAAAAUGUCCUAUAUGUGAUGUAAGAAGCUGCUGGGUCAGGGUUGAAGGGGUAAGCUAGUAUCAUCACUUGAAGGAGAACUGGCUUGCCAGAGGACUUCACAGUUGCUGUGGCCUGCCCUAGAUGGAUCAGGAGGGUACUUCAGCCCAGUACUGGCACUUCCAAGGGCUUGAAGACAAAAGCCAUAAUCCUGGUGCUGAGUUUUAGACUUGCUAGUGUCCCUGGCCUCAGAAAACCUAGGUCUGGUCUGUCUGUUUGGGCUCUAAAUCACUGACAAAAACAUCUCUUGAUCACCAGCUUUUGAUUUCAACUUGCUCAGGCGCUUCUGAAGAAUAUCGGAUAGCAGCAGUGGCCACUGUUAUACUGAGCACUGUGACAGGCUUCUUACCACCAAAGAGCCCCGUAGCGCAGGCUAAGGAGACCAAAUACAUUGCUUUGUAAAGCCAAGGGGCAUGCGUGAGCUUGGUGAAAUCCCAGGGGGAGCAAUAGGAGAAACUGUUAAAACUGAAAGCAUAACUUUCCAAAGGCCUACAGUUGUUUUUUUUUUUUAAGCAAUGUAUGGAAGAUAACAGGCUUUUGAAAUAACUGGGGGAAAGUGGGGCACAGAUUGUUCUCUGCAAAGCUGCGAGAGUCACCUGGGCUUCCAGACAUUCAGCAGAGGGGAAGAACGGUAGCUUCUGGGUAUGCAGAUAGGAGACAAGGGUGAAUGGACAAGGCAGAGCUGGUCGCCCUCGGAGCCCUCAGAGCUCUCGGUGCCCUCGGUGCCCUUGACUUUGCUUCACACAUCCCUUUGUUUCUUCUCCAAAUACUGUGCCCUGAAGAGGAAGUGCCUAUACAUCUCAGUUCUUUUCCUGUUUUCUCUAGGGCAUAAAGGAAGUACUGUAUACGAUGUGGUCUCCACCCACUGAGUCCCUACAGUUUGAUAAGGAAGAUAAGACAUGACCAAGAAAGGAUGAGUAUAUUUUAUGCAGAUGAUAAGAAAUAGUGCUAUGGAUAGAUUAUAAUAAACCCAGAGAUUUAAAAUGGGAACUAUUUUGAUAUUUAAGUGUUGUAUGUUUGUCCAUCCAUCCCAUUUUUAGGACGUGCUUGGUGAUCUGUAAAAGUCUGAGCUGAGGAGAGGUGAAGGAGAACAGAGGGAUGAGUGGCAGCUCUCCCUCUCCCCCCAGGGCUGGUGCAGAAGCUUCUGUCUCUGCCUGUGACUCACAGCUGAGCCAGGGACAGGCUGGAGGAGGAGCUGUCCCCGGUGCUCGGAGUUCUCGAGGCCGCGUGUAGACUCAUUAGGACUGAGCUCAGUAUUCGGUUCUUCCAUCUAAGCCAGCCCAGGGAGCUCAGGAUCCGGUCCCCCAGGCGCUUGCACCUACAGCCUGGGGCUUACAUAGGCUGGGCAUCUCACUGCCUUCUCACGACCUUCACUCCGUGCUUGGUGUCGGGCUGGGCAUACCAGGUUGAGAGCGGGCUGGUGCCGCGAGACAAAUUGCUCAGAACUUAAGCGGUCUUUGAGACGAGUGCAGUAACGGACGCUGCUUUGGUUCAUCCAGUCCCCGCCCCCUUUGAAUAGACGGAUAAGCCAUCGCUUUCAUUUAUGAAGUCGCAAACCCGCCAGAUCUUUAGACUCCCAAUCUGUAGGUCUUUUCUGUCCGUGUUUUAUUGCCCAGCCAUAAGAAUCACUUGCCUGGGGAUUAGAGAGAGGUGGCUCGGUAGUCAAGAACACUAGCUGCUUUAGCGGAGUACCUGAGUUUGCUUCCGAGCCCCUCAGGAUGGCUCACAACUGUCUGUGACUACAAUUCCAGGGGAACCAAUGGCCUCUUAGAGCAUCUGCCAGCACUUACGUGUAGGCAAAAAUGCUCAGACAAAAUAAAAAUGAAUACAUUUUUUUAAAAAUUAAAAAAGGAAGUGGGCUGGAGAGAUGGCGCUGUGGUUAAGGAUACUGGCUACUCUCCCAGAGGACCCACAUUCAUUUCUCAGCACGCGCAGCUUCCUACCUCCCCUUGUGGGGGAUCCGGUGCCCUCUUCUGGCCUCUACAGGUACUGCACACAUAUGGUGCACAGACACACAUGCAGGCAAAAUACACCCAUACAAAAAGAAAUAAAGCAUUUUAGAAAUAGUUGGUAAAAAUAAUUUCUUGCCUGUGGGGCUAGGAAUGUAACCCAGUUGGUACAGUGCUUGCUUAGCAUGCACAAAGCCCUGCAUUCAAGUCCUAACACUAUAAACUAGGGCUAGUGGCACAUGCCUGUGAUCCCAGCAUUUGGGAGCUAGAGGCAAGAGGGUUAGAAGCUCAGGAUCAUCUUUGGCUAUAGAGUGAGCUCAAGGACGACCUAAGCUAUGUGAUACUCUGGCGUGCCCUUAAUGGCUGGCCAGGAGUAUUGUUGGGGCUGUGGGUUAUUUUAUUAAAACAUGCCAGUGAGGUUCCUCGAACUCCAUUAGGGCUAGCACUGGCCAGGCACCCAGCAGUCUGGCCAUGACACUGGAGCCUGGCUCAUCAGAGUCCAGCUGAAAGGAAACAUUUAAAGAGAAAUAGUUGGAAGUCCACCCCCAGGAGCCUGCCUGAAAUGUUCCAACUCCCAGAAUAGUGAUCUGUUGUGACAGGCUCAGAGCAGACAACAGGAAUUACAGGUAAUUUUCUUAUUCCCUUGAUGCCAUCCUGAAUAAAACUUAGAUCAUGAAUAGAAAGAAAGGAGCUGUCAGGGAAAAUGGCAAGCGUAAAUAAUUUUUAAAGGGUACAAAUUAACAGCCUUGUUAAUAACAUAACUUUCAUGUUAGGACCAAAAAAAAAAUGGGUGGAGAAAAACAAUAAACUAUACAAUGUUACCCCUUCCAAAAUAAGAUUUAAUUGUGGCCCGAAUCUUAUGGGAGUUUAGAAGUGAUGUAUAGAAUGUAGAAAUCAUCCGAGGAAAUUCUGAGAUUCUAGAAGCAAAAUGGUGCCUAGUUUUUCCUGCCAGGACCCUACCUCCUACCUCUAGUCACUUGGGAUGAUCACUGAAGCUCAAUGGCCCUAGUACCAACAAAGCUGAAUAAGGAGAAGCUGAGUUGCUUUAAGUGACAGCCUGAGGCUGACAUUGCUUAAAGGUAAGAUUGGGUUUUAAUGCUAUGUGUAUUACUUUUGUGAUGCAUUGCUGUUUACAGACCAAUUCCACAAGCACCGCCCCAUUCGUUCUUCACAGCAAGCCCUGUGAUAGAGGUAGGGUAGGUGUUCUCCCAUCGUGCAGAAGGUGGAACCAAGCCAAGGCUGAAUAUGCCAAGUGACUCACCUAUGGCCAAAUGGCUUUUAGAGUCUUCAGGUGGCCUUCUGGCUGUCUAGGGUUCUUUCCAGUUUCUGCAGUACUCACGGGCUCAGACUCCAGUUUAUUUUCUUCCCAACCAGAUGUGUAAUGAGAGCCAUGGGCUCAGUGCUUAUUCCUAUGUCAUCGGCGAGGAGAAGCCUUGAAGACAGGCAUUUGCCACUUCAUCUAUCCACGCACCAUUCCGUGAAGUCUUCCCAGAGACGGGGUGCCUUUGCUGGGGAAGGGUUUCACCCUCAGUGUGGAGCUGUGAGGGGGAAAGGCUUUGACACAUGACUUCGUGUGCUCUUCUCAAAGAGGCAUUUCUAAGCCAAGCUGCAGGUUCUUCCAGGCUCAGACUUUUGUAGUUGCUGGCAGGAGCCAUCAUCUCCACUAUGUUUUGAGAUAUGUUUUUUUUUUAGGUAGAACUGAGGACCCAGGUCUAGAGGGAGACAAAGAAGGUGAGGAGGAGAAAGUUGUAGCGGCAGAGCUAAAAGUCGUGUUACAGUUUUUGGUGGGGCUGACUCCUUGCAUCCAGAAGGCUGGAAAGAUACCAGUGCUCUCUUGCUAUGCCUAAUGACAGAGGUGUGAGACACAACCCCAUGUGAAUUUUCCUUGUGAAUAUAAAGAACAGUGGGAUGAAAAGACACCUACUUCGUGAGCAUCACCUGCCCAAUCGUUUUCGCGCCUUGUCUGUGACAUCAAAACUGAAAUGUUUAUAUCACUGUCACCUGUGAUUUUUUUUUCCAAUGUCAGACAUACAAAGUGCAUUUGAUUGUAAUGUUUAAAGUAAAUAAAGCAUUUUCAUCUA